CGGGCGAGAUUACGUGAGAGAAAGAACCUCAGAUUGAUGGAGUCCGCAGUCGGACAGAAUAGCUGCUUAGUGACUAGGAGCGGAGCGCCCCUUUCUUGUUCUUGGUGGCGUCUAUAGCGAAGAAGACCUUCCCGAACGAGGGCCGUCCAGUCCCUGGCCGGCUCUUGGUUCUUGAGCAAGCUCCUCCACUUCAGGUAGGAUGCUCAUAGAUGAAGAAAAGAGACUUUAGGCAAGUGGUUCUGGUAGCUCAGCUGGUUAGAGCAAAACAAGCAACGGAUUGAGCAACUAGCGCGAAAGCCGUUGUGCGUUAGCGCAUCCGUUUUCUUGCUGGACUGCAAAUCCUUUUUUUCUUGUUUCAGUGGGAAGAACAAGGGGAAUUGCCCUUGAAAUCCUUCAGUGGUUCGAAUCCACAUCUGAGCGUCUUUUUUUGGUAUGCCGCUCCGCGAGCAAGGAGCGCUGCGAGGAGAGCGAGAGAACGAAGUGGGCUUUGGUGAUGUCGGAAUUUGCACCUAUUUGUAUCUAUUUAGUGAUCAGUCCGCUAGUUUCUCUGAUUCCACUCAGUGUUCCUUUUCCAUUUGCUUCCAAUAGUUCGACCUAUCCAGAAAAAUUGUCGGCCUACGAAUGUGGUUCCGAUCCCUCCGGUGAUGCCAGAAGUCGUUUCGAUAUACGAUUUUAUCCGGUUCCUAUUUUAUUUAUUAUCCCUGAUCCGGAAGUCACCUUUUCUUUUCCUUGGGCAGUACCUCCUAACAAGAUUGAUCUAUUUGGAUCUUGGUCCAUGAUGGCCUUUUUAUUGAUUUUGACGAUUGGAUCUCUCUAUGAAUGGAAAAGGGGUGCUUCGGAUCGGGAGUAACCACUUUUGAAAGG